ACCUCGUCCACCUAUCCCCUGCAUGCUGUUCGUGUGAAUGUCUCUCGUUUCACUUUUGUUUUCAACAUCUAUCGCACAUAGUCAGCUAUAGUCAACAUCAUCACCGUUGCGUAUGCUUUCGCUUUAGUUGCAGAUGCUCACGCGCAGUUCAAAGGUCCGUGUCGUUUGCGCGAGCGCUGCGUUUCUCGUGCCACUGGUUGUGCUCUCCAGCAUAUACUUCACAUACACAGCAGUGCUUCUUAACCAGUUUCCUCAACCUCCUAGUUUGCCAGGGCUACUGGAAAACCGACAAGUGACAGUAACUGAGGUUCAGUACCAGACAUAUAUACCCGACUUUGUACGCGUGCGCGAAUGGAAGACAGUCACAGAGACAGUGGUCGCCGUUGAGACCGUGACGGAAACAGUGGCAGCCGGCGAACCGACAACAGCAGCAGCAGAAGUAGUCACUGAACUGGUGACUGUGAAGGAGACAAAAACAGUGACGUCCUCUGCUGUGGAGACGAAACUCGUCGAGCUGGAAAAGCGGGCGACCGCGACGAGAACAGCAUAUAUACCCGCGGGGACAGGAAUGCCGCCUCAUUGCGACGAUCCCUAUCGACGACCCGGAUUCCUGCACAUACCGUUCAACGAGACCGAUUUCCCGUUCCAGCAAUCAAAGUACGUCCCGUAUUACGACGAACUCAUUGACCGCAAAGAACCGGGUGCUGCACGAUACCCAGACUAUGACCUGACAGACGCACCCGACAUGUCGUUCCCAGCCGGCACGAUAGACGAAGAACUUAUCGAACAAGCGCCGAUUGAUUGGAUUGAGGUGAUACGACUGUAUCUGAGCUUGCUCGAUAGCCCAGAGAACUUCACAGACUCUGAGAUCACGGCAACAGAGCGCAAAGUGAGCUGGCUGAGGAACAAGCGUCUGCUAAUGCUGGCGGACUCGGUCGACCGGUACAUGAUGCAUUAUUUCUGCGAGGAGCUCGACGUUGCGCCGCGCAUUGCGGUUCUGGGAAUGCACACGACUUCUGAGUGUCAUAUUCCGCAGCUGAAUUUCACGAUUCUGCACUGGCAUAUCGCGUCAAUGUAUACUCACAGGCCAAAGUGGUGGUGGGCGGAACACAUGUCUGAAGUUGCGUUUGAGAAGCGCAACCAGGAGUUGUUCAUGUCGCGCAUUAGUGCUGAUCGAGCGACGGAUGUUAUUGGGAUGAACGGGCGCGGUCCAGAUCUGAUAUUAUACCAAAGUAUGUUAUGGGACUGGACGACGAUGACUACAAAGCAUAAGAUCGACAACGGGUUAGACGUCGAUACCAAGGCACAGAGAAAAGCCCGAGCCGGCAAAGGCGACAAGCUGCAGAAGAACAAGACAAAACCGACGGAGAAGACGCUUCGGCCGUUUCACUGGAGUGAAAUUGAUUUUUACCGAGCACGGCAGAAGAAGUUUAUUGAGUUUUACCGGUCUAUCUUUGGCCCCGAGACGCCGUUCAUGUUCCGUGCAGCCAUGCAGACAAAGUAUCCUGCCGACACCACGGUCCCGCUGCGGCAGCUCGAUCGGAUGGGGCGGUAUGUGGCCCAUUCGAUGGACGUCGAGGUGUUUGAAUGGGGCCAGAUGAUCGCCGGGUACGCCUACCCGUAUUACAGUGCAUACAAGGAUGAGGUGCAUCCGAAGCGGGGGCCACACACGUACAUAUACAGCAACAUGAUGCUCUACUACCUCUUCAGAGCUAGUGGAGGCGCGGAGUCGCGAGGACAGGUCGUGCGGUGGCCUGCAGAGGCGAACAUGACUACCGGGGAGGCGUGGGAAGAAUGCCAUGGAUACAACAUGAGGAUGACCAUGUGACGCUAUUGUUUCUGUUUUUUUUGCUAUUUCGACAGACGUUAUAUCAGUUUCUGUUCAUUUCUGAGUGUUUGCAGGUUCGUUUGAUUUAGGCUUUGUUGCUAUUUCGUUUCAUGUGCGCCUGUCGCCAUCGAAUAUGGUUGUGAUCGCCUGCGGGACUGCAUCGAUUGCGGUGACGCCAAGUUGAAAGGAAGAAAAAGAUUUUUUGAGUGGACAGGUGCAUCGAUGAAAGGGAUUUUUGGUAUUUGUUUUUUUCCAACAGGAUUUUGCAUGAUAUAUAAAACGCGACAUAGCAUGCCUUCACUGUAAACGAAAAACGAGCUCGCAAUGCCCGUGAUUAGACGAGCCCAGAAAUCACAAAGCAAAACAAAAAUGAGACUUGGACCGAGA